AUGGCCGGCACUAGCGAGGUGGCCAAGCAGAUCGCUUGGAAAUACAACAGCGCCCCCGUGCAAUGGUUCCGUCGCGUCGCCUGGAGCUACCUGUGGGGCGGCCGCGAGUAUGGCCUCCACUUCCACGACCAAGCCUUCGAACCCGCCCCCGAAGUGACCGAAGCCCUCCGCCGUCUCAACCUCAAGGAGCCGUGGCUGUUCGACGAGCGCAAGAAGCGCCUCUCCGUCGCCCAUCACCUGGCCAUGCACGGCGAGGUUCUGCCCAAGGCCAAGUGGACAAAGUGGGAAGACGAGUCCUGGUACCUGAAGCCCUACCUCGAUGAGAUCGAAGCUGAGAAGGAAGCGCGCGCUUCAUCCUCCGGACUUCUGCCCUCGUUCAUGAAGCACGGCAGCGCCUAUUCGAAAUCCGGAUUCGGCGGCCAC